AUGUCCCUGGUGUUCUAUCAUGCGCGCUACGUCCCGCCGUCUUUAUACCCCAGCAUCAAAGAAAAGAAAGAGCACAUCGGCCUCGCGGCGUUGCACAUGCUGCCCUUAUCGCGCGGCACCGUGACUCUGAAAUCCGCAUCACCGACGGAUAAUCCCGUGUGUGACCCCAGGUUCCUCUCUACACAUACCGACCGCUUCAUCCUGCAUCGCGCAGUCAGCGGAAAUCUCAAGAUCGUGAACACGGCGCAGUUCACGGAUGUAAUUGAAACGGAGUUUGCGCCGCUGGGCUUUCCGGUGCUGAAGCAGGAGAGCAGUGCUGAUGAGGUUGAUGCGAGGAUAAGGGCUGCGAGGGCGACAGUGUCGCAUCCGAUGGGGACAUGUGCGCUGGGUACGGUUUUGGAUGAGGAGUUUAGGGUCAAGGGUGUACAGGAACUCAGGGUUUGUGAUGCGAGUAUGUUUCCUGAGCAUGUGGCUGCGAUGCCGAGUUGUUUGAUAUAUGCGUUGGCUGAGACGAACAAUGAGAAAUCAGAGUAUGGCAUUGAAUGGCUACUCUUCCUCGAGUUAGACCCGAGAGUCAAGUACUCAAUGAAAAGGCAAAGUUCUUGUACAGAUAGCGCCGGUGGCAAGCAUCGCGCGAUACCUCGAAAUUCGAGCAUAGGUGACUGGUAG